GUCCCGAUCCGCCGAUCCCGAUUCCCGACUGGCGACUCCCAUCCAGCACCGGCCACCGGCAUGCUCCAUCCAUAACCUGUGACUUUUAAGAUAGGGAAAGAUUAGAAGGAACGGAUCGAGUAGGCAGCUUAGCUGUUUGCUUAGACUUUAUAGAGACAAAACACUCCCACACCCACAGUCCACAGACUCGCACUGCACUUGUCCAAUCCAGGGAGGCUGGGAAGGAUCAGGGAUCCAUCCACCGUUCUGUCUUCUCAGGUCGACAGGAGGCCAAACCAGGUGCGCGCGUCCGUGUCGGCGAUGAGUGCGGGCAGGAGCCGGGCGCGGCAGAACGCGAUGCGCAGGGCCUCAGGGGUGGUGGUGCUGGGCGCCGUGGCCUUCGGCUACCUCUCCUUCCGCGUCGGCUUCAAGCCCUACCUCGACCAGGCUCAGGAGGCCAUCGACUCCGCCCGCGACCCCGACCCUGACGCCGCCACCACCGCCGCGAGGGACGCGUCCGACGAUCCCGGCGCCGGUUGCCCAGGGGGAGACCUCGGGCCGUCCAAGGACCCCGCCGUCGUACUGCGCGACUGAGGCCCGGUGCGGGCGUUUGGUUGCGCCAUUUUUUAUUUCGGGCCGCCCAUUUAAAGCACGGCAUGUUUAGUGAAAUAUGGGCUGGGCCGUGGGCCGGCACGGCACAGCCCGAAUUUAAUACUGGGCCGGGCCGGCCCGAAAUUAAACGUGCCGAGUUUUUUCGGGUUUGGGCCGGGCCGGGCUGGGCGGCCCGAAUGUACAACUAUACUUCGACGUGGAGGCCAAUGUAAGCAAUCUCCUGCGGGUAAAAGCAACUCCAA